CAAGAUGGUAUUUCCACGUAAGAUCCGGCGAAAGAUAUACUCCCAGUAGCUUAAUAUUAUUUGCUCUCUCAAUUUGAUUCCCUGCCAAAAGAAGAGGCGCUAGUCGUUCCGGCAAAACUGAACUCGCUACUUUGGCGUUUGUGCUAUCGCAUUUUUGUCGUACUGGAAAGAUGCUCAUUGACAACGUGAUGACAAUAAAAGUACAGUUACUUAUGAAUAAAUCAUCCCUAGUGGCACAAAUACAAUGAAAACAAGAGAAACAGAACGAACAUUCACACAGGAAAAAACAAAUAACAACAAUAACCUAUUAAUCCAAUAUAUUAAAAAACGUUUUAAUCCACGUUUUGAAGGUACAACAGAAAAUUUUAAACUGACAUCUGUGGGUAGUUGAUUCCACACUUUUCUGGUUCGAGGUAAAACGAAAGAAGAGAUGGACAUUCUUUUAAACUAAUAAAUUUUCCACCGACAUCGAUUACAUUGAUGAAAACAAGCACAAGAGGUGACACACAGCCUACCUCGACAUGUCGCCAUACCUUAUUCUUCUAGAUUUAGGUGUUUUAUGAUUUAUCAGAACUACCUAUUGACGGUUGACGCAAACCAGCUAAAGACAUCAGCAUGCACACUCUCUGUGGAUGGUUUGUUCCACAGUCCACAACCAUAGGCGUAACUACGGUGAGGGCCAGUGGGCCAUGGCCCAAUGCGCUUUGAGCCUUGGCCCAAUACCAAAUAUUUUUUGAGUGUUCGGCCCAAAGCUUCUUCUUCGCUAACCAAUUCUGAACAAAGUUUGUUUUGAAAAAAAGGGCGACAUGAAAGCAAGUUACAAAUCUAGAGUAAAGCAGGAUGUGUUUAUCAUUUAUUUCUGUGCAUUUUCAUAUCUUCCCAUAUGAACUCAUUUCAAUAUAUUGAGCAAACCGAGAAGACAGAGACAUACUUGUACCUAUAUAUCCAGAUCUAGUGCUUUUUCUGUUUCUUUCUUUCUUACGUACAAGAAAAUUAAAAGGAAAAUUAAUAUUUUAUCAGUACGAGUUUCGCUUUCUUGACGACAAUGACUGUUCUUGGUCAAGACGACAUUUUUAUACGGAAAAAAGUAUCAAUUUUCCUUUUCCUUUUCAUGUACGUAAGAAAGAAAGAAAAGGAAAGCACUGGAUGUAGAUAGAUAUAUACGUGGACGUAUACUUCUGUCUUCACUUUAAUUCAAUAUGCCCUUUUAUGUAUCAGACGUUAUUAUGUAACUUCUUUUCUCAUCUCAAACUUAUCUUUACAUAACUUUUGCGCGAUAUACAUAAUGUCAGGUGAAAAACGUAAAAGUUGUCUAUUUUAAACUACAGAUUUUAUGCUAAAACAACAAGAGAUAAUUUUUCAAUGGUGACAACUGCUGAUAAUGAUUCAGUAUCCGAUCAGGUUAGUGAAGAUUUGAAAGAUGCGGAUAUUGAAGUGAAACUUGUUGAUUCUGUUCCUGAAGCAAAUCAUUUUGAUGUUGGUUAUUAUUUAUUUAUCAAAUCACAAAUUAAUGAUGAUCUAAAAUAUUCGUUAUUAACUAAUCACUUCAAACCAGAUAAUGAAAUUAAACGACGUCAAAGGUUUCAAAUAAAAAAUGUUAUCGUCGGAGCGAUUUGGCCUGGUAAGAAGAAGCCAGACAAACAGCAAAUAUGUGAAGUAAUUUCUAGAAUUAGUAGUGAAUUAAAAACAUUGGAACAACCUACACCAUAUUCUCUUGCCUCCUACAAUGGCACUUGUGUUCCUCUUUCAUCGUAUUUGAUUGCAUUGACCUGUGACAAGCCAGCACAGAGUCUUAUUCAGAAUCUCAGUGAAUUUAAUGGACCGUUCGGUUGUGGCAAAUGUGAACUCGAAGGAGAACUUGUUCUGUCGGGAGCGAACGAUACUCACUCUAUCAGAGUAUUUCCUUUACCUCCAAAAGAAGAACCAUUGCCGAAGCUACGAUCGAAUGAAACGUAUGAUGAAAAUAUGAUGAAUUCGUAG